ACUUGACUUCCUCACCUGCUUCACUAAGCUAUCAAGUUGCAGAGCUAGACAGCUAGUUGGUCCAAACUUCAAAGUUUUAAAACACACAGCCUUCCCGCACAAAACCUUGUGUAGUACAGGAUUUCCAGUUCAUCACAACAUUUUGAACUGGAAACAUCAAGAACCCUAAACCCACAAUUUCCCCAAUUCAAUUCUUCUCAGACCCCCUAACAUUUCUCAAUUUGUCGAACCUAGUAACAAUGGCAUCCAAGGAGCCUGAUGAGAAGCUCAGCAACUCCAAAACGGGAGAAGAAACGAUUGCUUUGGAGAAGACGCGUUCCAAAUCGAGGAGAGUCAGUUUCGCCGAAACCACUGCAAUUCACUUGUUUAUCAGGGAUGAAGAUUGCGAGACGCCUCCAGAGGUCGACAGUCCCGACAAUAGCUGCCUUCCCAGGAAUGAGAGUGACGAUUUCAGGGCGUUGCUUGAUGAUGAUGGUGGUGGUGGUGGUAGUGGUGGAGGUGAUAAUAACGGUAUUGCAGUGGAUCCCUCUUUUUUAAGGCCUUUCGAGUCGCCGUCUUCCGGCAGCUACUUUGGCUCCGCUUCCUCCAAUGAUGAAGAUAUUUAUUUUGGACCUGUAUCAGCUGAUUUCAUUAGACCUGGACGAUUAUCAGACUCUGCAGCUUCUGAUGAAAAUCAUGAUGUUACUAUGGACUCGACUGCUUUUUCUAUGCACUUCCGUAGUUUAGCAAGAUCAGAAUCUGGAGGAGAGUUUAAAACACCAACUGAGGUCCGUCUUGCAUUUGGCGAGAGAACUUCUGGUCAAAUGUCCAACACCACAAGUGAUGGGGAUUUAAUGGUACUGUCUACUUUCAAUAAGCGAGUUUCUGGUUCUUUGCUUGAUGAUGCAGUUAACUAUAGUGGCAAUUCAGAUGACAUGAGUAUUGUAGAAGAAAACCACCGCAUGUAUGAUUAUGCGAAGCUACCCCCUGAAUUGGAUGCAUUAUUGGCUGAAUCUGGUUUACACCAAAAUGGGUUUGAGCUUUCGGAUAUAAACAAUACAGAAAAAGUUUCCCACCACGUUUCUGAUGUGAAGAAGACAUCCGAUGAUGCAUAUUCUGCGGUUCUUGUGAAUAUAGACAAUGGAAAUGAUGGUGUCAUUCACGAUACUCAUGGAGAAACUACUCCAAAUACCUCAAUUAACAUGGAUGAUGACUUGGUUCCUGUAAUCUUCUCUGAUGAUCAGAAUCAUCAGAUUAAAACUCCAAUUCUCAUGUCAGAUGUCAUGCCAGUUGACAAGGAUGAGGACGCAAGAAAAGGAGCUGUUGAAACUAGUGGCAAAUUUCUAUCCCCUCUAUCAAGUUCACUGUCUGAUUUGAAUCACAAGCAGCCAACUGCCGGCUCUGUUUCCUCAUUGCUUGCUGAACGUAGACAUAUAUUUAGGGUCUCACCAAGUAAUAAAUCAAAUCUGAUUGUGUCGGAAAAGAAGUUAUGUGAUAAAGGAAGUAAACAUGUCUUGGGUGCAUCAUCUUUUGAGAAAGGUGUAUCUAGAGUCCUAGGGCUUGAAGCUAUUUCCUUUACUUCUGCUUCAAAAGCUGAGGGUAAUGCUUUAAGAUUAAAGCCUCCGGAGUCUCUAACCAGUUCUUUACCCCGAAAUUAUGUUCUGAAAUACGGUAACAAAGACAUUUUGGUAGAUCAUUUGGCGGCUCCGGUGGCUUGCUUGGAUAAACAAUUUUCAAAUGUUGCUGAGGAUGAUGGAGAAUUAAAGAGUACGGGCAAUAUGGGUAGAUAUAAUAUGAGGACUACCUUGGGUGAUGCACAUUGUGAAAGUUACGCAGAAGCUAAAGAUGCGGAAUUAUCGUCUUUGUAUGCAUCUUCGUGUUCUCUUGAUAACCCUUCAAAGUUUACUGGUAUUAGUGUUUCUUCCUUGGCAUUUUUAAACGAAAAACAAUCGGAGUCUUUUGUGUCAACAGACAACCACGCCAAAGACACUGUACUGUCUACUGGAAGUGAUUGCUCUUUGCUCGAGAUCACGUUCAAUGAUAUGAAAAAAAACAAGGAAACUGGGGUGCUUAAUAAUUCUGCUUUUUCUCCUACCAGUGCAGAAAGGAAGGUGUCAGACUCUCCACUGUAUCAAGGAAGUCUAUCCAAAUAUAUGAACCAGCAGCCUGAGUUCAGCUUAAGACUAGACGAAGAUAUAACGCAGGAGGCAGGUGACUUAUCUUCAAGAUCUGAAAAUCCUAGUUCUUUCAAAAGAGAAAAAGAGGCUAAGAGAUUUUCCUCUAAUAUCAAACGUUCCGAGACUGUUUCUCAUGAGAUGCAAAAUGCUGAAUCCACGUGCGUCCAAGCUGCUUUGAUGGAUAAGGCCUCCGAAUUAUGCAACCUAGUUACUACAAUUGCUAAUUUUGAAAAUGGAAACAUGUUCACAAGGGCAAUCCCAGUGAAAAACAUGGAAUAUGUUAUUGGGUCUGCUUCAACUUCGGAUAAUCUAAUUGAGUUGCCCAUCCAGGUGUCUGAGAAUCAUCAAGAAGAGCCAUCUUGUAGCCUGUUGCAGAAGAAUCCGCGUUUGGCAGAUAAAGCAAUGGUUGGAAUCACAGUUACUCCUAGAGACGACGAGCUUACCAGAAAACAUGAUGAAAAUGACCGAGCUGUGCUGAAAUCAUCUAAUAUAUCUGGCAGUGAUAGCUCUUCUAGCUUAAAAAGGAAAUUGUUUGAUAUACCCGAGGAUGAAAAUGAUGAAAUCUCAUUGUUCCAGCAUAAACCAAAAUUGUGUAAAGAUCAGAAGCACUAUGGGGGAGAUAGCAAGGUUUUGAACAGCUUCGAUGGAAUGACCAAACUGUUGCCUUCAUUGGCUGAUAAGUUGACUUUAUAUCAGAUCAGGGUGCUGAAUGAUUAUCUGAACAAGAUGAGAAGUUUUGUACUGCUAGAUUGUGAGAUUGGCUCUCAGGAUGCAUAUGACUCUGCAAAGUCUCUUCAAAUAAGAAGAUCGGUGGACACUAAGUCGCUUCUUUAUAAACUAUUGUAUCAAAAAGCAAUACAACAGCUAAUGCGUCUAGAGCGCGAUAAGUUACUGGACAAAGUCCGUCAAUUGGAAUCCAGAGCUGAAGAAUCAAAAAUGCUGAUAUCAAGUUAUCAAGGUUCUUUUACACGUGGGCAAAAGGAUGUUGAAGUAGAUUGCCUUUCAGUGGUAUCUUGUUCAACUGGUCUUAGGAAAACGAGUUUGGUUGCUGCUGAAAUUCCGUCACUGAGGAAGGACCUAGAGGUGUCAGAAAGUAAAAUAAAAAACUUAAAAGGAUCCUUUGAUGCUUAUAUCAAGGUUAUGAAAGAACAAACCUGCAGUGAAGCAUCAGUGCAUGUCAAAAAAAUUCUCAGGAAGAGGAUUGCAUGUAAAUCACUGCAAUCAGAAUUUCAGUUAUGUCAAGUUGAUAGCAUGAAGGAUAUGGAUGGAAAACUGAAUAUUCUUUUCGAUUAUGGGCGCAUAAUGUCUCAGAGAUUCGUUGUGAAGUCGAUCUCUACCUACGGUUUAUUUAUAUCAAAUGUAUUGAACAAUGCGAAAAUCUCUAAGAUGUUUAUCAUGGAUGCCCGCCCUGCUUUUUCAUUUGUUUUAUGUGGUGAAACGAACCUUGCUUACUCCGGAAGUCGGGUAAUUGCACAAGAAACUCAGAAAAGCUCUUCACUUUUGCAUACUCUGCUUGAUGUUGUUGAAGAAGUUGAAAUAGCCAUGAUUGAGCUUAGGAAUCUUUGGGACACUAGUUUUUUGCAGCCAUCAGCUGGAAAACUUGAUUUGCGAUUGUGUUUCACUGAUUUCAACAGCGGUGGAAGAGUGACUUUGUCUAUUGAUAUCACUUGUUUGAAUCGGGGAAUUUAUCCAGCACAGGUCUUACCAUAUGAGGUGCAAGGAAAGACAACUAGAAAACACAAGUCAUUCCAAUUAUUAUUAGAGAAUAUCAAGAGUGCUGUUCACGGUGUUAAAUGUGGGCAUAUGAGGAUAAUAAAUCUUUGUCGUUGUGUUUCAAGGACAAUUCUUGCUAAUUGUAAGAGCUAGGCAGAGUGCCAAUAGAAUACUCAUGUUGGCUUGAAUUGGAUGUAGCUCAUACAAAUUUAACAUUCAGUCGCUUGAAUGUGCUUUUGAUGUUAAAUUAAUUCUAGUUAAAAACUAAAUGUAGCAUCAAACUAUUCUCCUUAUAUGAGAAAGUGUAAAUAUGAAACUGUUGUAUGUUUUCAAAUGAAAAGCAGUAACAAACCUUUUGUACUGA